AUGGCAAGUUCCGAUUCCAUUGUGAAGGUUGCCACUGCAGGGGUUGUGGGCGCGGCCGCAGGGGCUGCCCUGGCUUUUGCCGUGACAAAGGGCGGCUCCCCCGUGGAGAAGCCGAAGAAAGUCGUUCUCGACCCCCGGAUCGCAGCGGCCUUGGAGGCGGCUCGCUCGGAAUGCGGCGAGGGCAAGUGGGGCCCGGAUGAUGGCGCCACGGCCACCGCUUGGGUUGCCUACCAGAUGUCGGACAACGCGUUCAUUUUCCCCAUCACGCCGUCCACGCUCCUCUCGGAGAUGUGCGACACCUGGUCGGCAGGUGGCGUCCAGAAUGCCUUUGAGCAGGUGACGAAGAUCACCCAGCUGCAGUCCGAAGCGGGUGCGGCAGGUGCCAUGCACGGAGCUUUGGCAGUUGGUGGCCUCGCCACAACCUUCACGGCCUCCCAGGGACUUCUGCUGAUGGUGCCAAACAUGUACAAGAUCGCCGGCGAGCUCACUCCCUGCGUCAUGCACGUGGCUGCGCGCGCCGUUGCCGGGCAGGCUCUCAGUAUCUUCGGUGAUCAGAACGACAUCCAAGCAGUGCGGUCGACUGGCUUCGCCAUCCUCUUCGGCAGCACUGUCCAGCAGGCCCUGGAUUUUGCCCUGGCGUCGCACAUCGCCACACUCCGCUCACGGGUGCCCUUCGUGCAUGCCUUCGAUGGAUUCCGCACCUCGCACGAGAUUCAGAAGAUCCAGGCCUACCCGAAGGAGAUCUUCCAAAAGGUGGUGGACCUUUUGGCACCGGAGAUCGAUGCCCACCGUUCCAGGGCAUUGAACCCCAACCAUCCACACGCCCGCGGCACGGCGCAGUGCGAUGACAUCUACUUCCAGGCCGUCGAGGCAGCGAACACCUACUACCUGAACGUGCCGGAAGUUGUGGAGGAGGCCUUCCUGUGGAUCGAGAAGCUCUGCGGCCGCAAGUACUCCCUCUUCGAGUAUGUCGGCAGCCCUCGUGCCAAGUACGUUUUGAUCCUUAUGGGCUCUGGAGCCGGAGUCGUCGAGGAGUACCUGGCCAAGAUGGGCGACAAGGCCAAGGACUACGGUUGCCUCAACGUGCACCUCUACAGGCCCUGGAGCGAGAAGCAUUUCCUGGCGGCGCUUCCGAACUUGUCUUCCAUGAGGGCCGUGGCCGUGUGCAACAAGAUGAAGGACCCCGCCGCGCACGGCGAGCCCUUGUACCUGGACGUCUGCACCUCCCUCCAGCGAGCCAAGUGCAACGCCAACGUCAUCAACGGCCGCUACGGCUUGUCCAGCAAGGACUUCACCCCAGGCAUGGUCCAUGCCAUCUACAACAACCUCCGCGCCAGGAGCCCGAAGCAUCCCUUCACCGUCGGCCUGGAGGAUGAUGUUACUCACUACUCGCUUCCCUUCGACCGCAUGGAGACCGUCCCGUCGCACACGAAGCAGUGCAUCUUCUGGGGCUUCGGCAGCGAUGGCACGGUGGGCGCCAACAAGAACACCAUCAAGAUCAUCGCGCAGAACACGCCGCUCUAUGCCCAGGGCUACUUCAAGUACGACGCCCUGAAGUCCGGCGGCGUCACGAUCUCUCACCUCCGAUUUGGGCCUGAGCCCAUCAAGGGAAGCUACCUCAUCGAUGCUGGCUGCAACUACUUGGCCAUCCAUAAGAAGGAGUACAUUUUCAGCUUCUUCGCGGACCUGAUGCUGGGCCCCUUGGCGGAUGGAGGCACCCUGGUGCUGAACUGCCCCUGGUCGGAUGCAGAGUUGGAGACCGUUCUCCCGGCCCCCUUCCGGAAGAUUAUCGGCGAGAAGAAGCUGAAGGUGAGUGCCAUCGAUGCCAGCGCCGUCGCCAAGCGCACGGGAAUGGGCAAGCUCAUCAACAACAUCAUGACGGCGGUCUUCUUCGAGCUCUCGGGCGUGUUGCCCACGGAGCAAGCCUUGUCGCUGCUGAAGGACGCGGUGAAGAAGACCUACAAGAACAAGGGCGAUGCCAUCGUCAAUCAGAACAUCAAGGCUGUGGAGGCGGCCAUCGAGGCCUUGCGCACCGUCGAGUACAACGCCAGCGCCUGGGCGGCGCUGGAGUCCGACCCCAACGUGGUCUACGCCAAGUCCCGCGCCGAGACGCCCCCGACCUACGUCACGGAGGUCCUGGACAAGGUGCAGACGAUGCGAGGCCACGAGCUGAAGGUCAGCGAGGUCGAGGCCGAUGGCUGCGUGCCGCUCUCUCAAACACGUUUCGCCAAGCGUGGUGUGGCCGAGUCUGUCCCAGUGGUUGACAUGGACAAGUGCAUCCAGUGCAACGUCUGCAGCGCCAUCUGCCCACAUGCCGUGAUCCGCCCCUUCCUGCUCUCGCAUGCUGAGUUGAAGCAGGCCCCGGAAGCCUUCGACGCGCGCAAGGCAACAGGUGGGAACACCUAUGCAGGACUUCACUUCCGAAUCCAGGCCUCUCCCAACGACUGCACAGGCUGCGAAGUGUGCACCAACGCCUGCCCAGUCGGAGCCUUGUCCAUGCUGCCCCGCCUGGAGUCCAUCGACAAGGGCCACGAAGACAACUGGGACUACGCCAUGACGAUCCCAAAUCGCGGCAAGCGCUUCGACGCCAACACGCUGAAGGGCUCCCAGUUCCAGGAGCCUCUGCUCGAGUUCUCCGGGGCUUGCGAAGGAUGCGGCGAGACCCCGUACGCCAAGCUGGUGACGCAGAUGUUCGGCAAGCGCCUCAUUGUCGCCAAUGCCACAGGCUGCAGCAGCAUCUGGGGAGGGACUGCUGGCUGGGUGCCCUACGCCACGGACAAGGAGUCCGGCAAAGGAACGGCCUGGGGGAACUCCCUCUUUGAGGACAACGCCGAGUAUGGCCUUGGCCAGGUCAUCCAUGUCCGGCAGCGGCGACGCCAGUUGCGGGACCGGGUGGAGGCGGCGCUGGCGCGUGCGGGAAAGUCCCUCAGCGUUGCGCUGAGGAGCCUGCUGGAGCAGUGGCUGGAGUUUGGGGAGGACAGCGUCAUCUCGGAGCGCCUCAGCGACGAGAUCCUUCCAUUGCUGGAGGCCGAGAAAAGCAAGGCGAAGGAGAUUGCCGAGCUCAUCCGCCUGAAGGACAUGUUCACCAAGCCCUCGAUGUGGAUGUUCGGUGGUGACGGCUGGGCCAACGACAUCGGCUACGGCGGCAUCGACCACGCCAUCGCCAGCGGCAACAACGUGAAGAUCGUGGUGCUGGACACCGAGGUCUACUCCAACACCGGGGGCCAGUCCUCGAAGUCCACGCCCAUGGGCGCGGUGGCCAAGUUCGCGCAGGCCGGCCGCGACCAGCGGAAGAAGGACCUGGGCGCCAUGGCCAUGGCCUACCAGCACGUCUACGUCGCGUCCGUCGCCAUCGGCGCCAACUACAAGCAGUGCGUGGAGGCCUUCGCGGAAGCCGAGAAGUACGAUGGGCCUGCUCUGCUUAUGUGCUAUGCCCCGUGCAUCGAGCAUCGGUUCUUCAAGACAGGCCUCUCGGCGAUGUCGCUGGACCAGCGCGAUGCCGUCGAAUGCGGCUACUGGCCCCUGUACCGCUUCAACCCGAAGUUGGCGAAAGCCGGCGACAACCCCUUCAUCCUCGACUCCAAGAAAGUCACGGGAGACGUCAUGAAGUUCCUGAACCGCCAGAACCGAUACGCCCAGCUCGUGAGGAGCUCCCCAGCAGUGGCUGAGAAACUUCAGGGAGAGCUGCAGGUGUACUUGAAGCAGCGCCACGCCAGCCUCAAGGCGAAGGCCACGGAGCUGUCGCAGGAUGUGGCAGCGCUGAAGGACGGCCUCAAGCAAGCCAACUCCGUUGCUGAGCCUGUUCUCAUCGCUUUCGGCUCUGACACGGGCGUCACGGAGCAAGUGGCCAAGAAGUUCGCAGGACUCUGUGCUGAGCGUGGCGUUCAGGUCCGAAGGACCUGCGACCUCGACGAGCUGAGCGACAUGGAAGAGCUGAAGGCAGCCGCCAUGGGCGCCACUUGCGUGGUGAUGUGCGCCACCUGCGGACACGGCGACUUCCCUCAGAACGCGGGGCUGUUCUGGAGCAGCCUGUCCGCCACGACGCUGUCGCCAAAGGAGCUCGACGGCAUUCGCUUCUGUGUCUUCGGCAUGGGCGACCGCUCUUAUGCCGACUCCUUCUGUGAGGCAGCGAAGAAGAUUGAGGAGCGCAUGCAGAAGCUGGGCGCCACCCGCAUCCUGAACAUGGGCAUCGGAGAUGACAGGGACGAGGACAAGUGGGAGACCGGCUUCACGGCCUGGUUGCCACAGUUCUGGUCUGCCAUCAAGGCACCUGAGCCGGUCGACGACGGCAGGCCCAAGGCUCCCCUCUUCGAAGUGAAGUACCAUGAGAAUGCCGCCGCAGUCACCGCCCCGAUGGUCCCCCCGGGUGCGCAGCUCCUGACGGUGACAGAGAACCGCCGCCUCACUCCGGGUGAUUACGAGCGUGACAUCCGGCACUUGGCCUUGAGCCUCCAGGGCGCUGACUUCCCCUUCGACCUGGGCGAUGCGGUCGCCGUCUACCCGGAGAACUUGCCCAAGGACGUCGAUGAAGCCUUGAAGUUCUUGGAGCUGGACGGCGACAAGGUCAUCAGCGUGAAGUGCGUGGGAGACGUGUCCGAGCGCCACCGCCGCUGCUUCGACCAGCGCGUGACCGUUCGGCAGGUGCUGACGAACAUGCUCGACCUGUUCGGCCGCCCAUCCCGGUCCUUCGUGACCGAGCUUGCCCGCUUUGCCGGCAACGCUGAUGCCGAGGCCCUCCGGCGCCUGGGCUCUCAGGCCGGCAACGCGGCCUGGACAGCGCUGGUCGAUGAGUGCCCGUCCUUCUUCGACCUGAUGAAGAAGUACCCCAGUGCGAAGAUGCCCCUGGAGCAGCUGAUCUCGGUGCUCCCGAUGAUCAAGCCGCGCAUCUACUCCAUCGCCUCCGAUGCUCGCUACAGCCCCAAGGCCGUCGAGUUCACCAUCGUCAUCAACCAGUGGAAGUCCAAGGCCACCAGCGCCGUGAAGACCGGCACCUGCACCAAGUUCAUCCAGCACAUGCCGGUCGGAACGAAGGUGGCCUGCGCUGUGGUCUGCGGCACCUUCCAGUUCCCCAAGGACGACACCACCCCCAUGGUCAUGGUUGGCCUCGGCACAGGAAUCGCGCCCAUCCGCUCCUUCAUGCAGGACAAGCUGUACAAGAAGAACCGGGGCAUCAAGACUGGCCCCAUGGUGGUCUUCUACGGCUGCCGGCAUGAGAAGGAGGAGCUCCUCUACAAGGACGAGUGGAAGAUGUACGAGAGGGAGGGCAUCUUGACCGCGCUCGUGGGCGCCUUCCAGUUCGACAAGCCCCACUACCCACCGAAGCAGGUGUUUGUGUCGGACAAGAUGGCGGAGCGGCCUGAGCUGAUCAGUGACAACCUUUUGGAGAAGGGCGGCUACUUCUUCAUGUGCGGGCCCGCUGUGGCCACGCCCUCGGUGCAGAAGGCCCUGAAGGCCGCCCUGCUCAAGCGCGGAGAGAAUGCCCCGGCGCAGGCGGAGAAGGACAUGUGGCCGACCCCGAAGACGGACGCCGAGGCCGAGCUCUGGUUCAAGGAUUUCCAGGCGGCAGGCCGCUACUCAGAGGAGUCGUACUGA